AAAAUUAUAAAAAACUGUAGCAGCAAUAGCAUAACUUAACUAUUGCUAUAUGUAAGAGUAGAAUCUCUAAAUUGCAGAGAACUUGGAGCAAACAGGGAAACGAAGAGUGAGUUAGAGAGAUGGUUUAUAGUGUUCUAGCUGAUCAUAAGCCUCAUGCAGUCUGUCUCCCUAGCCCAUUUCAAAGCCAUAUAAAGUCAAUGCUUAAACUAGCAAAACUACUACAUCACAAAGGUUUUCACAUCACCUUUGUCAACACAGAGUUUAACCAUAAGCGUUUACUUAAAUCUAGAGGUCCUGAUUCCCUGAAUGGGUUGCCCGACUUUCGGUUCGAGUCCAUUCCUGAUGGCCUUCCUCCUUCAGAUGAGAAUGCCAUCCCAGAUAUCUCUGUAGCUGCUGAGGCUGCCUCGAAGAAUUUGCUGGAUCCGUUUAAUGAAGUUCUUGACAAGCUCAAUGACACAGCAGCUUCUGAUUCGCCCCCAGUGUCCUGCAUCCUUUCUGAUGGUUUCAUGCCAGUAGCUAUCACUUCUGCCGAGAUGCACCAAAUUCCGAUUGCGCUGUUAUUUACCAUCUCCGCUUGCAGCUUCAUGGGCUUUAAACAAUACAAGGCGCUCAAAGAAAGAGGUCUUACACCUCUGAAAGAUGAGAGCUUUUUAACAAAUGGCUUCCUGGAAAAGGUAGUAGACUGGAUUCCAGGAAUGAAAGAUAUACGGAUAAGAGAUCUUCCAAGUUUUGUUCGUACAACAGAUGCAACUGAUUUUAUGUUCAACUUCUGCCUAGGAUGCGCUGAGAGAGCUCCUUCAGCUUCUGCGGUCAUUUUCCAUACUUUCGAUGCUUUAGAGCAAGAAGUCCUGACUGCCCUUUAUCCUAUGUUCCCUCGUGUCUACACAAUCGGUCCACUUCAAUUACUUCUCAAUCAAAUCCAAGAAGAUGAUCUAAAUUCUAUUGAUUGUAACCUAUGGAAAGAAGAAGUUGAGUGUCUCCAAUGGCUUGAUUCCAAGAAACCCAACUCGGUAAUUUAUGUGAAUUUUGGUAGCAUAGCAGUGGCUACUAAAGAGCAGCUCGUUGAAUUUGGAAAGGGACUUUCUAAAAGUGGUCACCCAUUUUUAUGGAUAAUACGACCUGACAUGAUCACCGGCGACUCCUCGAUAUCGCCACCAGAAUUCACUGAAGAAACUAAAGAAAGGGGCUUUAUUUGUAGUUGGUGUCCACAAGAGGAAGUCCUCAACCACCCAUCAGUUGGAGGUUUUCUAACACAUUGUGGAUGGACUUCCAUAAUCGAGAGCAUUUCUUCUGGUGUGCCUAUGCUUUGUUGGCCAUUCGCUGGUGAUCAACAAACAAAUUGUAGGUAUACAUGCACUGAGUGGGGAAUUGGAAUGGAGAUUGAUAGCAAUGUGAAAAGAGAUAAUGUGGAGAAGCUUGUGAGAGAGUUGAUGGAGGGAGAGAGAGGUAAGAAAAUGAAGGAGAAAUCCACAGAAUGGAAAAAACUAGCAGAGGAGGCCAGUGGCCCCAGAGGUUCAUCAACCAUGAAUUUAGACAUGUUGGUGAAAGAAGUGCUUUUGUCACGAAACCAAACUUAUGACGUUUAACAAAAAAAAAAAAUUGAAGCUCAAAACAAGACAGAGAAACACUAUAUUCUGCUGUUAAAUCUCUGUUUAGAAUUAAGUUACAAAUAUUUUUUCAUAAA